GCAGUCAGUCAGUCGUCUUCGUACGUUUCGGAUUCUAUGCCAAAUCCACCAGCGAAAGAGGACACAUGGGCGUUUCAGAAGAUCGGGAGCGCCUUCCCACCAAAUCCUUGCUUGGGACAACAAAACAUGUAUGUCGCGCUGUGGUACAAACACGGAAAACCAAUUCAUGGCCGAUCAUGGAAUAAUGGUGGAGUCGUCGAGUGCUCAUUCCCUUUCAAGAAAGCCGAAUUGAGAACCGCCCAACAGCUAGAGGGAAAUAUUCAGGUACUUCAAUAUGUAGGAGACCACAACACACAGGGAUUUUGGUAUGAAUGGAUCCUUUACAAAGAUAGAUUCGACAAAUCACAAGGUCGAGAAAUUGUCCGAUGCGGAGACUCUAUCCCCAUUCUAUGGAAGGACCGUCCCGAGGGUGCUCUUCUCGGCUACGUCGACAAUAAAACUGAAAUAGCCUUAUUCUCUUGCGAUGGAAAAGUAUAUGAGAAACAAGGAGGCGAUCUCAAAAAUAUGUAUAUCAUUACGAGAAACCUUAUCGGUGGCCCACCAUAUUGUGAAUGUCCAAAUUGCAAAGUUGCACCACCUCCUCCAGGACCACCACCGCCAAGAGUAAUGAUUGAUGAGUGGAUGGAUCUGCGUGCGGGCGAUGCGUGGCCAGACAGACCUCUGGUGAAAGCCCUUGAUAAGACUCUUGACACAAUAGCUGGAGAAAACCCAGAUCAGUUUGUUGCCCUGUGGUACCAGGCUGGAGAGCCUGUCAUGGGACGCGUUUGGAACGAAGGCGGCAAGGUAACUUCUACACAAAUCACCAAAACAGACGACGCGAAUAAGCGCUUUCAGGUGGCUGCCAACUUCUGCUGGAAUAAGAACGAGUACAAGGGGAACGUUGGUUCGAUACAGGUGCUCGUACAUCUCUCAGAACACGUCAGAGGUUUCGACUACAAGUGGCUGCCAUACCCAGAGGCGGCAUCGUUCGACAAGGACAAGGAAUGGCUCCCAGUGCAUGUCAACAAUGCAAAGGGAGAUAUUUCCGCUGGUGUGAUCACGAUCAACGGGAAGCAGAUUCUUGGAAAAGUCGACGUGAGAAACGAGAAAUCUGCAGCAGGAUUCGGUGGCAAGGAAAACAUGCUUGUUGGACCGGAAUGUGCUAAGAACACCAUAGUAUUGUGCCGUAAAGCAAGGCCUGGAUACAAAUUUGAUUAG